AUGAAUGAAAAAGAACUUCUCGCUUAUAAAGAGCUAAUAAGUGACUCCUUGAUAGACAAGUAUAAUGAAUUUUCAAGCAUCUUUGAUAUCGAUAGCCACGAAGUUGAUCACCUAAAGUAAAACUUGUCUUUAGAGGACUUUGCUUUAUAUCCUAUUUAAAAACACUCAAAAGCAAGAAAUAAGAGAGGAAUUUCAACCAGAAGACCAUCAAGCAGUGAAUAAGUAAAUUUCCAAAAGUAUGUAGAGCUAAUUAACAGGGGUAUAAAUGAGGCUUUCGAAUCUAUAUAAAAUUAGAUGGUCCCAAAUUAUCAACCCUCUUCAGUAAAAGGGGAAAGUAGUCUUAAUUUUUCUUUUACAAGAAGAAAUGUAUUUGAACAUCUAACUAAAGAAGAGGUUGAAAUGAAGUUAAAAGAGACUAUUGAGAAAUUACAAUAAAAAGAUGAUCUGACUAAUAUUCUGAGAAAAGACUAUCUAAAGGAGGUUAACCAUCUCAGAGAGAUAAGUGAAUAAUUGGUUAGAGGUCGACUCACACAAAAAGGAAAGGACUAUCUUAAUGUGCAUUUUUUUUCAUUCACUGAAGGUUUAGAUGCAAAAGUUUGUGAUGUUUUAAAUUUGAGACUUCAGUAGGUAGCUGAUGAAUAUAAUUCGAAACUAGCUGAUUACGAUGUUAAGAUUUCAAGUCUUGAAAAUGUUAUAAAUAAAUAUAAAAAACUGGCUCCAAAAGCUUUUAAAUUGAUGGAGAUGAGCCUCGAAGAAAUCUUCUCAUCUUUGAGUAUCAUUGAGUAAGAAGCUAGUAAAAUAUGGACAUCUCUGACUAAUUCAUAUCCAGCUGGACACUUUGAUGGAGUUAUAGAAGACACAUAUGGUACGUUUUUGGAUGAUGAGGCAGAAUAGGAGAUCGGUAGGUAGGUGUAGAAACUUAGAGAAGUCAGUGAGAAAGAAGUGAAAAAGGUUUCAGACAGGUUAUGUACUUAAAUUAGAGAACUGGAACUCCAACUAAGAAACCGAAUAGAUGAAAACAUCAAGCUAAGGGAUCAAUUUAACUAUGAAGUCAGCGAACUUAAAGAAGAGCUGAAAGAUUAUUACGAGAUGAUGCUGAAAGAGAAGGAGAGAAUAUUGGUUUAGAAAAAUCAGACAGAUAUUAAGGGUUAUGAAUAUCUAGCGGAUAAACAUAAAAAAUAAAAGGAAUUAAUGACAUCAGAGAUCGAAUGCUUGUAAAAGGAGGUCUUCAUACUAAAGCUACGAGUAAUAUCAAAGAUAAUAGUAAAGUAUAAAGAGGAUAAUCAUUUUGAUGAGGAGCAUCAGCAAGUUGAGAGAAAUAAGUUAUUCUAUGAUAAGAUAAGGAAUUUAGUUCUUGGGAGUGAAAAUAGCAGAUUAUGUGCUUUGCUCGAACUGAGAAGAGAUAUGUUGAAGGAUUAUAAGGAGAAACAUGAUCAUUGUGCCUAGGAACUCUAUGCUUUGAGACUUAAGGUUAAUUCUAAAAUUGAUGAUACGGAUUCAAUGAGUAAACGGCUUGGAGAGUUACAGAGUUAAGUCUCUGUAAAUUUUGUCUUUCUAAAUACAGUUAGAUCAGAACUCAGAAAAAUAAAACAUGAACUUAUUGCAAAUCUAGAAUCCUAAAAACGACAGCUUGAAGAUAAAUACAAUGUCAACAUUUCAAAGCAAAGAAAGACAGCUUAUUCCUAUAAGACUAUUUAGGAGAAGACUAUGGAAAGAUUUUUAACAGAAAAUGAGAUAUCUUUCAAUACCUCCUCACUUCUUAUUAACUCAGAUGAACUGAAGUAGAUGAGAAAACAAACAAUAUCUAAAGUUGAUGUUUAGGUUUAGACAUUCCUUAAGAAUGUAGAAUUUCAGAUUGGCUAUGACACUACUCUACUUAACAAGCAAAAGAUUAAUGCUUCAGAUGGAACUAAAUUAGAUUAGUCUAUUCAAACUAAGGUAAAAAUGGACUAAUUUGAUAGUAUGAUCAAGAAAAAGCAGAAAGAGCAAGACAGGCUUGAGAAAGAGCUUGCCAGAUAUAAAAAAAAGAAUAAGAAAGAUCCAGAAAGCAGAGAUUCACAGAGGCUAAGUCAGGAUUCCAAUAACCUUGAGGAUAUUAUUAACAGAAAGAAUUCUCUUAAAUAUGAUAAGCAGCCUUCUCUAAAUUAAAUUCAACUUUAAAGGAGGAAUACAAGGCAAAUCAUUAGUCCAUCUGUUAUUAGAACAUCUGCUGAACUAUCUCGUAGGAACACUAUAAUUCCUAAUCAGUUUGGCGGGUUAAGUGGAUUAACUGCUAAAUCAGCACCUUCAAAAUCAAAAGUCGGCAAUAACAUUAUGAAUAAUACAAUGCCAUUGCCUCAAAAAAAAUCAAUGCCAUAGACAACUGUCACAAGAAGUGGAACCAAACUAGCUUCAAAUAAAAGUUCUAAUAGCAAUAUAAAAAAUGAGUAUAAAAAUCAGAAUUAAAAUAAGAUAACAGAAGACGAUGAAGAAGAGGAAAUAUCAGCAAGAGCAAGAAGAUAAAAAACCACUAGACAGAUUCAAAAGAAUGCCAAAAAUAAGAAGAUAUCUUUCAAAAGAUCCACUGACAGUGAUUAUGAUAUGGAAGUCCCUAAUCGAGAAUCAGUUUCUAGUUCUGAGGGUGAUGGAACAGUCAGUAGUAAAGCAAAGCCCUAUUACAAGAAAUCAUAAGACUCAUUUAAAACAGAUGAGGAACCAGAAUCAGUUAAAUCUAGAAAUGCCUAAUCAAAAUUAAAAAGCCCAAUAAAUAGAUAACAGCAAGCCAGAAAAUCUGUUAAAAAGGGGGUACCUAAUGUGAAAUCAGCGUUUUCAAAAACUGAACUCUAAUAAAGAGCUGAAAAUUUCUAAUAAGCAUACAACCAGUCCCAUAUUUUUGAUUAAACGUAUGAAUCUAAUUCACCUCCUCCAGUCAGAUAAGACUCUGCUAUUUACAUAUCAUUUGAUGCUACGAUAGUAUUCGAUCAAGAAAAAUACGAGAGAGCCCUUUAGUACCUUAGAACUAAGAAUAAACUAAGAUAAUUGUCAAGAGGACUUGAUCCGAGACUGUAUCCAAGAGAUUAACCAGCAGUGUUUAAAAGACUCUCUCCUAGAAAUUCUACAACAAAGCUCGAUAGAUACUUAUAAGAACUAACUCAUAUGAACCAAUAAUCCUGGAUUUAUAGACUAGAUGGAGUCAAUCAUUUGGCAAAAGAUGCAAAAGCAAUUAUUGAGAGUGAAGGAUUAAUAAAGACAAUGAAUAAGCUAGUUAAGUUGGGAAUUGAUUAAAAAAAGCCACUUUCAACAUCAGAUUAAUCAUCUUUUAUGAAAAUUAAAGGCUUUAAGAAGCAAAAUAUAAGCGAAGUCAGCACAGUUCAUCCUCACAAUAUUAUUAGAAGUUAAAUGAUGAGCGAGCUAAGAGUCCAAAGUCGAGACUCAAAUUCUCUUAUUAUUAAGGACUAAAUGAAUACUACCUCUGAAAAUGCAAUAUUGCUUCUUAGAGAUAGAAGGGACUAAAUAAAGCUAAAAAAUAGGAAAAAUAAAAACUUUUCAAAUCAAAUAAGUGACAAAUCAGAAAAUUUUCAAUCUAACUUAAUCAGCUCUAAGUAUGCCACCACAUAGAUAAGUCCAGAUUAAAUAAAUAAAUAGUCAAGCUAAUCUAUUUAAACUCAUAGAAUAAAGAAAAAUACAAAAACAAGGAAUCAUGAUAGAGAUGCCUUGAAUUAAACUACUACUAGAAUUGAUUCAACAGCAUUCAAGAUUCACCGAGAUAGAAAUAACAAGACUGCUUUGAUGAGUAGCUUUAUUUAGUCUUUGGAAUCUCAGUAGAAUCCAAGAGACUUUGGUUCAUUUAAAAUAGGUUGUGACAGCUCCACACUCGAACACCAUCAAAAUUAAAACAUUGGAAGGAAUAUGCCAGAAAUCAAGAUUAUAGAUAAUGAAUUCAGCAAUAUGAACAUCAGUGACUUUCCUAGCCCAGUCACCACAGAGCCUUCGUAGAAUGCUAACAGAAGGUCCAUGAUGCUCAAAAGAAUGAGUUAUCAAUAACCACGUACUGUUGAAAGAAUCAUUAAAGAUCUUGGAAUGAAGGUAGCUAUUGAGACUAAUCCUGUACCAGCAACGACUCUACCAACCAGCAUGCACCAAACACCUGGCUAAAGUGCAAAAGCUAUCUAGAAUAUAAGUUAGAAUAGAGGUGGAGGUGGUGAUCAUAGACCAAAGAUUAGGAAGUGA